CCCGCACUCCAGCAUCCGCCCAGCGCACCAACGCAACAACAACCUCCACCGCCACCGCGCCCGAACACUUGGCGCCCACUCGCCCGCCGCACGCAAGCUUCGUCCGCCGUCGUCGCUCGCCCGCCCGCCCGCCCGCCCGCUCUCUCCAUGGCGCCCAAGAACAGCGCUCUCCCCCCGGUCAGCGCGGCGACCGACGGCAUGGUGGAGCCGAGGUUCCGCGGCGUCCGGAAGCGUCCCUGGGGACGGUACGCGGCGGAGAUCCGGGACCCCGCCAGGAAGGCCCGCGUGUGGCUCGGCACCUUCGACACCGCCGAGGCCGCGGCGCGCGCCUACGACGCCGCCGCGCUCCACUUCCGCGGGCCCAAGGCCAAGACCAAUUUCCCCGUCGCGUUCGCGCACCCGGCGCCGCCGCCCAAGAUGCUGGCCGUCAGCCCCAGCAGCAGCACCGUGGAGUCAUCCUCCCGGGACUCGCCGGCCGCGUCCCCCGCGGCGGCGCUGCCUGCGCCGUCGCUGGACCUGAGCCUCGGCAUGCCGCCCAUGGUGGCCGCCCAGCCGUUCCUGUUCCUCGACCCGAGGCUCGCGGUGACCGUGGCCGUGCCGGCGCCGGUGCCCUGCCGGCCGGCCGUCGUCGCCGGCGCCAACAAGGCAACCUGCCGUGAAGACGAGCAGAGCGACACCGGGUCGUCGUCAUCCGUGGUGGACGCCUCCCCGGCGGUCGACGUUGGGUUCGACCUCAACAUGCCGCCGCCGGCCGAGGUGGCGUAGGCGGACUUUGGCGCAGCGCCCGAUGACACGACGACUCCCCCAGAGCUCGCAUAGAAGAUUAGAACUUGUAUUAGUACGUAAGAGGUUGGUUAAUCGAUCGUUUAAUUGUCGCGAUGGGUUACUAGGUGUACAUAGAUGUUCUUUUUGCAUCGGCAGAUAGGUAUAAGGAAAAAACUACUGCCGGUGUUGCAAAAAAACCAAACAAAGGUGUUUUGUCGUUCGUUGUAACAUAUUAAUCGCUGAUUAAUGAGAAAUUUACCGUCUUUUGCUCGUAAA